UGGUGAUUCUGAGGCUGGUCAGGCCCCUCCAGUAUUGCUGUUAGUCCACCCUGCCAGAAUAUACGAUCCUCUUUCCUAAGAGCACGGCUCUGCACUGGGUAUGCAUAUAACCCAGCUUAAUCGGGAAUGCCUUUUGCACCUAUUUUCUUUCCUGGACAAAAACAGUAGAAAGAGUUUAGCCAAGACAUGUCACAAAUUGCUAGAAGUGUUUCAGGAUCCUUUUCUGUGGCCUGUACUGAAUUUCCAUUCUCCUGUGGAACUAAAGAAGGAUAAUUUUCUCUUGGGACCAGCUUUAAGGUACCUGUCCAUCUGCUGGCAUUCAAGCAGAGUCAAGGUGUGUAACAUUGAGGACUGGAUGAAAAACACAUUCCAGAAAGACAUCUGUCGUAAGCAUGAAAAUGCUGUCAAUGAUUUUUUAAUACAAGUUUGCAACAGGUGCCCAAACUUGCUGUCCCUGACCCUUUCUGGAUGUGGCCAUGUCACAGAUGAUUACCUGUUGUUGCUUCUCAAGAGCUGCCCAAACCUCAAGAUACUUAAACUGGAAAACUGUGUGCGGAUCACUGACCGGACUCUGGAAGCUGUGACCCUCUAUGGGACCUCUUUACAAACCCUCCAUGUGGAUUUCUGCCGGAACAUAACUCAGUCUGGUCUGGAGACAGUCCAGGAAAAAUGUCCUUCAGUAAUGCUGAAAGCAGAGAGAAGUGCAGACAUGAUUCCAGACCACGACCCAGGGGAAAAAUUAAUGCUUGAAAGAGCAGUGAGAAAACUGGUACUGCACUAAGAGGGACCGAUUCCAGAAAUUCACUAUAUGUGAAGAGAGACUGACGUUUUGAGGUUCCACCCACUUUGUAAUUAAGCCUAUCUAUAUGCAUAUUGGCUUUGUUUAUAAAAUAAUAUUUUAUAAAUUUCACAAAUACUCCCAUUUCACCUGGGUAAGGAGUUUACCUUGAUGGUGAUUGUCUGAUAUCACUGGUCCUUCAUACUGGAAAAUUCCCUGUGCUGGCACAAAGGAGAUGGUAAAUCUUGACUAGCUGAUAAUGAUCCUGCUGAGAGUCUUCCUCAUUGUGGGGAAGCCUGUGGUAUAUUUUGCUUGGCUAACAUGUAUGCUGAUGUAUCCAAGUCUCAGGGCCCAAGGGGAUGGAUAACAAACUUUUUAUUUCUAAGGAAAUAUCAUGAAUGUGCCAGUUCUCUCAGAGAAGGAUCAUGAAUUCGAAGUAGGUAACUAGCCUCUCUCUGUCACAUGUUCACUUUUUCUGCUAAGGCAGAUCUCACUCCUGACAAAUGUCACUAUACUUUACACGUGAUCAGUUAGUGUACUUUAUUUAAACCAUAAGUGCUAUGAAAAUGUGCAAACCAAGCUUUUACCAUAUUUACAUAAUGUACACUGACAAUUUACGCUUCACUUUACAUUACUGUAAAUAGUAAUGUAAGUUUAACAUUAACACAAGCUUGUUUACAUGACUGUCGGAACCGAUUUACAAAAGUGCCCUUAAACUCUUUCGAAAGCCU